UAUAUUUUAGAAUUUAUUCGCAGAUUAUAAGACUAGAGGAGAUGCGACAAAACUUAUCACCGCUUGCUGUGAAUUUUACAUUGGUGAAAAUGCACCUGGGCAUGAAGACUAUCGUAAAGGUUACCAAGUUACUGAGAACAUGAUUUACCUCGGAGAUGGCAUCAGUGUUCCUAGCAUGACCUAUAAUUUCAUGUUCAAAGAGCCUCCAAAAAGGUUUUUACGAUGGCUUGCGAUUGAGAUCUGGGGAGAAAAAAAUUUGGUGAAUCGUGCCUUGCAAGUAAAGCGAGUAAAUAGAAAACCACUUCCUAAUAGAUCACCAUGCAAACAAAUAGAGAAGGAACUAUUAAGAUUAUUUUUAAGUGUGUUCUACGAUUACACGGAAAAACGACAGGAUCUGCCGCAAAAAGAAAGAAUUGAGGCAAUACGUAAUGCUACGGUUGUUAUUGUUUUGCGACAUUUUAUAUUUUUUUUUAUAACCUAUUUAAAUAGUGUUUGGUGGAUCUUAAAAUAAUCAAAGAAACAAAUUAAUGAUUCAUCAGUAUAUGAUUGAUUUGGUAAAGUCUUCACUAUUUAUAGUGGAAACAAAUUGAGAUUAAUAAAGUACUUAACCUACAA